AUGCGUGUGAUUGUGGUGCUUUGCUUGAUUGCUGUCGCUGCAGCUCAAUACGAAUACGCACAGAAUUCGCAACCUCAAACUAGUGCUGCUCAACUCUCCGAACCCAUUCAACCGGCAAGCGAAUACAACAAAGAAUUCUAUACUUACUCUGCUCCUCCCGCAAACGAAUUCGAAGAAGCCCAUGCAUCACCAAUCUCCGUAAAGAAGAGUUUGCGCGUUCUCUUCAUCAAGGCACCUGAAAGCACCGCAAUCGAGAAUGCUGCUUUGCAAUUGGCCCAGUCCGCUGCUGAAGAUCGCACUGCCAUCUAUGUGCUUACGAAGCAAGCGGACAUCGGUGCAUUGGCCAGCAAAUUGAAUGUGCAACAGAGCAAUGCCCACAAGCCCGAAGUGCAUUUCGUCAAAUACAGGACAUCCGCUGAUGCUGAGAAUGCCCAACGUGCUAUCCAAUCGCAAUACGAUUCGUUGCCUGGUGCCUCGAGCAGCCACGAUGCCGGAUCUGCGCCAGUAUUGAACUUUGCCAGCCAAGCUGCACCCGCUCCUGCUGCCGCUGCCGCUGCUCCAGCUCCAGCCAAUCAAUACCAACCACCAGCACAAGCGUAUUUGCCACCUGCCAGAAGGCUGUGA